AUGCCUGGAGUUAACAAUGGUGCCUUGGCUUCAGCCGGCGUUAUCGCUGUCACUGUCGCUGUAGCAGCCGCUAUUGCCAUUUAUGAGUCGCCUGAGCUUCGACGCUAUGCCGACGACAUUCGGAGACGCAUCGCAGUCGCCUUACACUCGUUAGGGGAGAACAUCGAUCCACAGGAACGUCCGCCCAUGUUCAACCGACCCGAGGAUGCCCAAGGCUUCUUGGAAUCCCGUGGACGAGCCGAAGCUGGUGUCGAGGCCGAUGAUGAGACACGCCGCCGUCAGCGAGAGGAACUGUUGUACUGGAACGCGUUGCAUAUCGCCAAAAAGGAGAAGGAAAAGAUCGAGGCCGAGAUUGCCGAAUCAAAAGAGCUGCCGCCUGCUCCUUCCCGUGGAAAGUCAUUUGACGACUUCUUGCAACAGGAUAUCAAUAGUGAGAAAGGAACUUUCGUCUUCAACACCGGUGCACACGUCCGCGGCGAUGAUGAAGGUCUUGUUCGCCGCCGUCCCGAGGGUGUCCGUGGUCUCAACUCUUCUCUCUACGCCAAUCCUUUCGCCGACGAGCACCAGAUCGACCAGGACGAACUGACGACGGCCGAGGAGUCGAGCCACAUUUCUCCGGGCCGCGACGAGGCCCUCUCAGACAUUUACAGUGCCACUACCCGCGACGCGGACGAGCGUCCCCGAGACAUUGCCGCCGUAAUUCCCCCCAUGCCCGCCCUCGUCGAUGUCACCGAGGGCACAUCCCAGUCCAGCAAGUCCGCCACCCUGGAGCGUGAGCUCGAGGCCGACGAGUACAUGACAGCCGGCCAAGAGAGCCGCGAAGAGGCCUAUGCUUCAAUCCAGGCUUGGGCGCAAGGGUCCAGCCCCUCCAACUUUUACUCGCCGUUGCCUCUGUCGCCACCUGUGCCCAUGUCCGAGGCGGAGCUUGUCAGCGACGGCGAGCUGACGCCCACUGACUCUGCAUCUCUUGCUGGCUCUGGCGAGGACGUUGCCAACGAUGCGGCUUCUUCGAAGGCCGGAGAAACCGGUCGCUACUACGACGUCCUCAGCGAGAGCGAGGGCAUGAUGACCCCCGCAAGCUGGUCAGAGGUUGGCAGUGUCGUUAGUGAGAAUGACGCCCAGGCCCCUGUUCGGGCAUAG